AACCGGAACAGAUAUGGGUUCACCUUGCUUCCAUGUUGCUGUAGACAACACGGUUACUUUUCUCAUGAAGCACAAAAUUUAAACGUAAAUUGAAUGUCGCCUUAAAAUUCUGGUGCUGUGGCCAAUUCAAGAAAGACAAAAUGAAGAAGGACGUCAGGAUACUUUUGUUGGGGGAACCAAAGGUGGGCAAGACCUCCCUCAUCAUGUCUUUGGUUGGAGAAGAGUUCCCAGAGGAGGUUCCAUCAAGAGCUGAGGAAAUCACCAUCCCGGCUGAUGUUACGCCAGAGAAAGUCCCCACUCACAUUGUUGAUUACUCAGCAAAUGAUCAGAGUGAUGAAGUCUUAAGAGAUGAAAUAGUAAAGGCCAACGUAGUGUGCGUAGUCUAUGAUGUAACCAAUGAGGAAACAAUAGACCAGAUCAAAACUAAAUGGAUUCCUCUAGUAAAUGGGAAUGCAGAGAAAGGAAACAAAGUUCCUAUAAUCCUUGUGGGAAACAAGUCUGAUCUACGAUCGGGAAGCUCAAUGGAGACCAUCCUUCCUAUAAUGAACCAGUUUUCUGAGAUUGAGACCUGUGUGGAGUGUUCUGCAAAGAACCUAAAGAACAUAUCAGAGUUGUUCUACUACGCCCAGAAGGCAGUUCUACACCCGACAGCCCCUCUGUAUGAUCCGGAAGACAAACAGCUCAAACCUCUGUGUGUCAGAGCCCUGAGCAGAAUAUUCUACAUAUCCGACCAAGACAACGACCGCAUACUAAGUGAUGCUGAACUUAACCGCUUUCAGAAAUCAUGUUUUGGAAAUCCUUUGGCGCCUCAAGCUUUAGAAGAUGUGAAAACUGUAGUUUGGAAGAACACCAGCGACGGCAUCCAGGACAAUGGACUAACCCUAAAUGGUUUCCUGUUUCUUAAUACAUUAUUUAUCCAAAGGGGUCGACAUGAAACAACGUGGACAAUCCUCCGAAAAUUUGGCUAUGAUGACAACCUAGAGCUUGUUGAUGAUUAUCUGUACCCAGAACUGCGGGUUCCUGUUGGCUGUACUACAGAGCUCAAUCAGUGUGGUCACCAGUUCCUUCAACAGUUGUUUGCCAAGUAUGAUGAAGAUAAGGACUCUGCACUCUCACCCACUGAGCUGAAGAACCUCUUUUGCGUUUGUCCCUACAUGCCGUGGGGGGAAGAGGUCUACACGACUGUCCCAACCACAGAUGAGGGCUACAUCUCCAAACUUGGCUUCUUUUGUCAGUGGACGCUGUCAGCAUACCUUGACAUCCACCGUUGCCUGGAACACCUUGGAUACUUGGGUUACCCAAUCCUCCUGGAGCAGGAUUCACAGACUACCGCCAUCACAGUGACUCGAGAGAAGGAGGUGGAUCUGGAGAAGCGCCAAACUCAGCGGUCAGUUUUUCUCUGCAAGGUCAUCGGGCCCCGGGGAACGGGCAAAACAGCUUUCCUUCAUGAGUUUGUGGGACAAAACAUAACGAAAAAGACAAAACAGAGCAGUGCCUUCUCGUCCUUCGCAAUAAAUUCUGUCCCUGUCAGCAAUCAAGAAAAGUACCUUAUUCUCAAUGAGGUGGAUGUGGAAGCAGAGUUCCUGAAGGCUUCAGACGCUUCCUGUGACGUGGCUUGUCUCAUGUAUGACAUCAGUGACCCGCAUUCCUUUGACUACUGUGCUAGCAUCUACAAGCAACAUUACAUGGAGAGCAACAUUCCAUGUGUGCUCGUAGCUUCAAAAAUUGACCUUCCAGAGGUGAAGCAGCUUCAUGGAAUGACACCGGCGGAAUUCUGUUAUAAACACCGGCUACCACCACCACUCCCCUUCUGCCUGUCCAACGACUCCAACAAGAACAUCUACUCCAAACUUGCCUGGGCUGCCAUGUACCCACACUUGAAUGGUUCCGAUAUGAGCAGCACAUCAUUCUGGCUGAGAGUAGCUUUGGGCUCCGCUGUGGCUGCUGUUCUGGGCGUCGCCAUUUUCAGAGCUGUCUCCAAACUGAAGUGAUAUUCUUUUCCCCUUCCACACCAAACCCUCUACGUUAGCUUCAAAAUCCUCUACAGUCUAAGCUUGACCUACUUUUGUGGGAGAAUCUAUACAUUUCAGCCACAGCUGACCACAACAUUCCCCAUUACACAAUGACCUGCUUUUCUGCCUUAGAUUACACAACCAGGCCGAGCAGUUUGCCUGCUGUUGUUGAGAACUGUGAUGGACUUCCGUACAGGUGCUUGAUCAGAACUGACCUUUGUGGUUAUCAACCCUUCUUCCUGAUGCCAAAUGUGUCGCUUCUUGGUAUUUCCUUGACAAUGAAAUGAGCAAAGGGCUGUAAAAAAAACCCUGAAAAACUAAACUUUGAUGGCAUGUCGAUUGCAUCCAACGGGUAGUGAUUUUUCUGUCAAUGAAAUAUUUUGCUGUGUACCAUUAUAUUUUUUUUAAAAAGAUAAUGUUUACGGCUGAAUCAUGACGUUCAUGUGCAUGAGGACAUCUGCUCUGUGAGAGAGCCCCGCAGUGGAAAAAAAAAGUAAAAGUAAAUUAAAAGAAUGAGCAAAAUGUGCUCACAUAUACCUGACUUGCCUCUAUAUGAACUGAAUGCUGGUACUAUCUGACUGUUAUUGGUUCAAACCCUCUCCCCAAUGCUGCAUUAAGCAAACAAUCUUGCCAUCAUUUUGUCUUUUGUUUUCACUCGUGUGACAUAACUGUAUUUUUGACUGAAAGUAGGCUCUACCCAGGAGCCAAACCAGAUUUUGUUUUCAAUGAAGCUUUGUGCAUUUAUUUCCUUACCUUUUGCUGUUAUACAUGACAAUUAUGUGCAAACCAAACAUCUCUCUGUUCUUCUGAGUGUGGCUCGAUGAACUGAGCCGAUCCUGUUUCACGUGUUUUAUAAAGUAUUGAUUUGAAA